UGUAGCGAACUCAUCAGACACUUGUUCGACUUUUGUGGGAUCAAAAAGUCACAGACGACCCCGUACCACCCAAUGGGCAAUGGCGCUGUUGAAAGGUUUAACCGGACACUGGGUAAUAUGAUCAGGGCUCUAGAGCCAAGACCAAAGCAUGAUUGGCCCCAGAUGCUUCACACACUGACCUUUCUAUACAAUUGUACUGCACAUGAGACGACAGGGUUUCCUCCAUUUUAUUUAAUGUUUGGUCGUACGCCGAGACUGCCAGUUGAUGUGAUUUUCAAGAGUGUAUUGAGGGACGAUUCGAGUGACUCUCUUCCCAAGUAUGUAGUAUCUUUGGACAGAGAUUUGAAGGAGGCUCUUGCUGUUGCUGAGGUUAAUACUGGCAGAGAACAGUCUCACCAGGCCAGGAUGUACAACCGAAGACAUAAGGGCGUGAACAUCGAAGUCGGUGACAGGGUUCUGUUAGCCAAUAUGAGUGAGCGUGGCAAACGCAAACUUUCGGAUAAGUGGGAGGGUGUGGUAUAUACUGUGGUCGACCGUGAUUUCAGGACUCACAUUUACAAGAUAAAACACCCUGUAUCAGGUCAGCUCAAGGUAGUGCACAGAAAUCUGCUUCUUUGUGUGAAUUUUCUUCCUUUAUGUGAUGUUGUGGGAGCUACUGAUGAUGAGAGUGUGUUUUCUGUGGGCGAUGAUGUUUCCGAUGACGGCUCGUUGGCUUUUGACAAUUCGGUGGCUAUGAGUGGAAGCCCUGAAGUUUCUGGGUCCGUGGAUGCUAGUGGCCCCAAUGUAGAUAAGUCAUGUGAUUCUCAUGAUUUCUCUGUGAUUGCAAAUGUGCCGCCACUUAGUGUAAUUCCUGGAAAUACUCUUUCGGACCAUUCAGUUCAUCAGGAAUGUCCUGGUCAGGUCAAUGUCUGCGAUCCUAAUUGUGCUGUUAGUGGAACGGUGGAUGGUGCUGAGUUGUCAGGUCGUAGAUCAAGGUUUGGCAGAUUCUUGAAACCGGUGAAUCGCCUUAUUUGUUCUAUGAACAGGCAGACCCUGCUCAACACUGGACAACAGAACCAUGGCAAAUGGUCUUUUUCUGUUCUUGGUUUGAAACAUUAGAGUACACAGUUUAGGGUGUUAUGUCAAAUUUGGAGUGCAUAUAGGUAUGAGUUGCCGGGAUGAAGUGUAGAAGGCACUUUAUUUGGGUCGUGUUUAAGAAGAAGUGAUAUGCGCAGCACUUUUUUUCUUAUCAGUUCUUUAGAUGAACAGUUUUUUCUGAUCAACAGCAUUGUGCUAAGAAUGGCAAUUCUGGGAUUUUGUCUCUGUGGGAGUUUUUGUUUCUUUGUUGAUUUCGUGUUUGUUAUAUUUUGGCACAUUCAGUGGGGGUGAAUGUAACAGAGGAAAUGGAUUUAUUUUGAAUGGUGCCAAAAUACUUUUUUACUGUGAAAUAGUUCAUUAUACAGUAUAUAUAUUUUCUGUGUAAUUCAUUUGUCUUUAUAUUAUACCUGAGAAGAGGGGAAUUAGCGACACCUAAAGGUGAAGUAAGAAAAGAAUAAAACGCAAGUUGCAUCGGCCAUUUUCUCUCAGUUCCACCUGAACUGUUGAGGUAAACGGUAAGCAACAAAUGUUCUCUCUGGUAAUAUUCAUACACAUGCUGUUAAUAAACUUUUUAUUUAUUUUACAAAUGAUAUGAUUUCGCUAAAGUGUUUUUUGACAACUUGGAGUAGUUGAGUUUUUUUUUUUUAUUUAUUUCUUAGCUCAUAAUUAAGUAUAUACACGCUAUACGUGUGUGAAAUUUAUCCCUUUUUUUAUUUUUGCGUACUUAUUGUUUCCCUUAAUUGUAUUAUUUAACAGUUUUGUGACCGGAUGAGCUGUGUAACCUAUGCAACCUGCGUGUCUUUUUAUUUUACCCUCAGUAAAACACAACGCAUGGAUGAACUCUAAAA